AAUUCAUUGGUUCGUUAUUACAAAAACAAUUUCGCCGACGGCUUCAGACAAGACGCUAUCGAUUUGUUUUUGGGUUAUUAUAAAGUGGACGAAAAUGAAGGCAAACUCGUUAAGUGUCCGCUAAAAGAUAGACAGGAGUGGAAAUAUUUGACGUUACCCCUAUUCUUCUUGGCGUCGAUUGCAAUGUUUUUCUUCAGUUUACUCAUUCCGACGGAACAUUCGACCGAAACUUUACUCUAUUUGUUGUUUUGGUUGGCAAUGGUGUCGACGACACUCAUCGGUAUCUUCUAUUACGGCUCAGAAUUGGCUGAUUAUCCAAAGCUUAGAGAUGUGAAACCCAAACGACAAUCAGAUUAACUAUUAAUAUAACUAUUGUUUUAAUGGCAAACAUAUCUAAUUUAAUGACAUUUGGAAGAAUUUAUUGAAUCUGUUUUUCUUUUGUAGAUUUAAUGAUAAUUUAUGUUUUAAAGAAGAAUUUUAUUUUUUGAUUACUUUUAAUUUAAUUUAUAAUCAGUUAAUUAAAUAUAAUAAUAAAAUUAUUACAGAAUAAUAGCAUAAUA